UGGAACACCAAAUCCAAGCAAGCAGAACACAUAAUCUCGAGCAAUAAUUCCACAUUUCCGCAUCGCAAAACAAGAAUGAAGGGUGGCAUUGUCGCAGUCUUGGCAGUUUUUGCCAUUGUCUCACUCAUUGUGCAGCAGGGACAGGCUGUGACCUGCGGUCAGGUGGAUGCUGCUCUGGUUCCGUGCAUCAGUUACCUCACCGGACAUGGAGAUAGCCCAUCUCCAGCAUGCUGUGCUGGGGUGAAGGCAGUGAAAGGGAUGGCCCAAACGACAGCCGACAAGAGGGCUUCCUGUGCCUGUGUCAAGGCUGCUGCCAACCGUUAUGCCGACUUGAAGGAUGAUGCAGCUCAGAGUCUUCCCACCAAGUGCAAUGUUCAGAUGGAUAUUCCUGUCUCCCGCAGCGUUGAUUGUGACAAGAUCAAUUAAGAGGAGGAAGAGCCGAGAGGUAAGCAGCAGCAAAGUGGAUUAAAAUGCUAUUUGUAUGCUAGUAAACAUAGUUCAGGAAGAGUUCGGGGAGAAAGAAUAAAGGGUUCAAGAACCUGCUGCGAACUAGUGAAGAUCUCUCGUUUGAGCUUUGCUUAAUUUUCAAGUGAACUGAAAUUUCUGCUUCCGAAUAAGAUUUCCUGGGUGUAAUGGCUGGUUUACCUGGGUAUAAAAAACUUGCUCAUACUUGAGUUUUUUCA